GAAGGCCGGCCGCUGGAGCCGGGGAGGCGCGGCUUGAAAGCCCGCGCCGCGGAGGAGGAGGAGGGGCGGCUGCCGAUGGAGGAGCGACAGCCCCGGCACGCGUCCGAGGCAGGGCAGGCCCCGGAAGGGAGCCUGGCGCACCGCUUCCAGCGUGGCUUCCUAGCCGGGAAGCGGCUGAGCGAUUUCCCCUGGGAGGAUCUUGAAGAGAUACUUAAGAAUUCAAAGGAUUCCUCGCCAUUGUUGACUAUUUUGCAGAAGACUGUUUUUCACCCAAUGUGCUUGAAGUACCCUCCCUCUGUGAAGUACAGAAGAUGCUUCUUAUCAGAGCUCAUUAAGAAGCAUGAGUCUACAGGUGCCGAACCCCUGGAUCAGUUGUACGAAGCGCUUGGGGAUGUCUUAAAUUCUGAAGAAACCACACACUGUUAUAAAAACUAUUUAUUGCCCUCAGGAGAUGCUGUCACACUCUGUGAGACCGUGGCGAUUAUUUCACAGGGAACCACCGGCCUCGUCACAUGGGAUGCCGGUCUUUACCUGGCCGAAUGGGCGUUAGAAAAUACUGCAGUUUUCUGUAACAGGAGCGUUUUGGAAUUAGGAAGUGGCAUUGGACUGACGGGGAUUGCGAUUUGCAAAGCUUGCCACCCCAGAGCGUAUACGUUCAGCGAUCACCACGAGUGUGUUCUUCAGCAGUUGUCGGCGAACAUCCGCUUGAAUGGCCUCUUUCUGCAGCCUGAAGUUUGUGGUCACAGCACAGCAGAACAUGCAGCCUGUAAGGCAGAGCUUGCUAGAUCGCAGGGCCCAAACAUAAUUGUAGCAGAGCUUGACUGGAACCUGGUUACAAGAGAACGGCUGAUGGAACUUCAGGCUGACAUCGUCAUUGCUGCAGAUGUGGUGUAUGAUCCAGAGCUAACACAGUCCCUUAUUGGUGCGGUGCAAAAACUUUUCAGCUGCAGCAGCGAUGGGAAGGCCCCCGAAGUCUACAUCGCCUUUGCGAUUCGAAAUCCAGAUACUUACUGCGGCUUCCAAGCAGAACUUGAUAAAGUUGGCAUCAGAUGGGAAGUCGUCCCCAACCCUCGGAAGCACCUUUUUCCUUACGACCGGCGUGCAAAUAUAACAAUUCUAAGAUUGCUUGUUUAAGUUAGUUUUUUUCCCUCUGAACUCUUGUUUUAUAUCCAGUUCAUCAAUCAAAUGUUGUUACGCAGUCACAGACCUGUUAAAAGCAAAAUUAAACACCUUACGUACAAUUUCUAGCAGAAAACGGGUUAAAAUUUACGGGGCGUUUAUAGAACAGAAAAAGGAGGGGGGAAACUGCACAGAAACAGAAUCCCUCUGCAUGAAUCUUUGCAGCAGAAAAAAGUAAUCGAACAACUCUUUCCGUCAUUGUUUUGUUUGUGUAGGCCAAUAAGUGAGAUGGGAGUAAAUAAUCUGUUUUGCUCAUAGGACCACUGGAAGCUGCCGUAUACAGAGUCAGACCAUUGGUCCAUUUAGCUCAGUAUGGUCUAGAAGACUGUUCGUCAACCUUGGGUCCCCAGAUGUUGAUGGGACUGCAGCGUCCAUCACCUUGGCCAUUGGUUAAGCUGGCUAGGAUUGAUGGGAAUUGUAGUCCGACAACAUCCGGGGACUCAAGUUUGAAGAACAGUGGUCUACACAGAUGGGCAGAGGCUCUCCAGGAUUGCAGACUGGGUAUAUUCCCAGCCUUGCCUGGAGACACUGAGUUUUGAACCUGGGACCUUCUGCAUGCAAAGCAGGUGCACUACCCCUGAGCUCUGGCCCUUCCCUUGUCUCUGUAAAAGUUGCAUAGAAAAAGAACAUGUAUUAGAGUUUCUCUUGUACAUCUUCACAGGGACAGCGACGUCUAUUGUAAGGCAGUGCUCUUCAACUUUGGGUCCCCAGAUGUUGUCGGCCUACAACUCCCAUGAUCCCUUGGCCACUGGCUACGCUGGCUGGGGAUGAUGGGAGUUGGAGUCCAAGAACAUCUGGGGACCCAAAGUUGACGAACAGUUUUAUAAGGGAUACAAAAAGCAAAUCACAGCCAUCCAAUAUAGUAGAAGGAAGUUGUAUCCAAAUAAGUCCUACUCAGAGUAGACCCAUUGAAAUUCAUGGACCAACAUUAGCCACGUUCGUUCAUUUCAGUGGGUCUACUCUGAGUAGGAUUAGCAUUAGAGACAACCCAAGGAAAUUAAAUCUAGCCUUAAAAAAGAUCAGUGAGAUAUCUUAUUUUAUGAUCAGAACCAUCUCAGCCUGUCAAACCGACAUUCUGUGACUCAGGUCCACCGUUAACUACAGAUGAAGGAGAAAUUCGAUUCCAUUUGCGUGUCAAGGUGAACUUGCCUAAUUUGCACUUUCCGAUGCAAGAGGCAACCUGAAACACAGAACUCUGCACUUCUCCAGAUUUUGCAAUGCACUGCCUUUCUCCAGUCAAGUAGUUACGAAAAUGCCGAUACUAGAAUAAAGCAUGCGCUCUUAUCACAGAACAGCAACAAGGAAGGAUCUUCCAGUACUGUCGGAAGGCAGAGCUGGAGUCCCAAUCCCGGGGAGCUGGAUCCCGGAGAGUUGGGAGAAGAGUAUUCGGAUGGAUGGCAGAGGGAAGGGGGAGGAACUUCCCCCCCCUUUGGAGCGAAGACGAAACAGAGGAACUGCCAGUGAUAAGGUCGCUUAGCAACGGGGAGCCUGAGCCCUCCCUGGACAUUCUCACGCCUCCCCCUCUUUCAGGCUCAGAGCAAGAGGGGGAAGAGGGAGGGCUGCUCACAGCCAAAAAGCGGGAGGCAGUUUACCAUCAGCCCCUCCCCUAUCCCCCAUCCUGGAAUCGGAAACUUCAGAAGAGGAGGGGGUGAUGCUUCCCCCCUCACCGCGCACACGCAGACAGCUGAAAAGACAGGAGAGAAGGGGGGGAAGGCGGGCAGUACCUGAGGGGCAGUUAAGGAGGAGCAAAAGAUUGCGUGCCCGUUUGGCCCCUUCUUAAAGAACAGGCGGGAAGAAGUCCCUUGCUCUGUCAACUUUCUCCCAAUGCCGCAGGACCUGUAUCCCUGUAUUGCUUCAUGAGAAAACGCAGUCUUUGUUUGUUUGUUUUUUUUUCAAUAAUUUUUAUUCAAAUUUUCAUAAAACAUACAAGACGAAAUCAUAAAACAUUCAAAGACAAAAAACAAAAUCAAAAAUAGUU